AUGCCGGGGUCCCCUGAGCUGCCGUGUCCCCGCAGGAGGAUGAAGCUGCCACCCGCCUGCUGCCGGCUCCAGACGCUGGGGGCCGCCCUGGGGGUCUGCGUCACCAUCGGCUUCACGGUGCAGCUCCUGGGGGGGCCCUUCCAGCGCAGGGCCCCUGUGGCCCCUGCCGGCCGCCCCCCGGCGCCCUGCCAGCCCCGCACCCACCUGGUGUUCCUGAAGACCCACAAGACGGGGGGCAGCAGCGUGGUCAACCUGCUGCACCGCUUUGGGGAGGCGCGGGGGCUGCGCUUCGCCCUGCCCCACCGCUACCAGUUCGGGUACCCCAGCCCCUUCCGGGCCGAGCGGGUCAAGGGGUACCGCCUGGGGGGUCCCCCCUUCGACAUCAUCUGCCACCACAUGCGCUUCAACCUCACCGAGGUGCAGAAGGUGAUGCCCAACGACAGCUUCUACUUCUCCAUCGUGCGGGACCCAGGCACACUGGGCGAGUCAGCCUUCGCCUACUACCGGGCUGUGGCACCGGCCUUCCGGCGGGCCCCCUCACUGGCUGCCUUCCUGGCGGCCCCGGGGCGCUUCUAUGAGGCCGGGGCGCGGGGCAACCACUAUGCCCGCAACCUGCAGUGGUUCGACUUCGGGCUGCCGGCGGCAGAGGACGGGGCAGCGGUGGAGGCAGCGCUGGAGGGGCUGGAGCGGGACUUCGCCCUGGUGCUGCUGGCCGAGCACUUUGACGAGUCGCUGGUGCUGCUGCGCGAGGCCCUGUGCUGGCCUGAGGAGGCCGUGGCCGCCUUCGCCCACAACGGCCGCCCCGCUGGGGACGGCCCCCGUGUCUCGCCCGCCCAGGCCGCCCGCCUGCGGGCCUGGAACAGCCUCGACUGGGCAUCCCCCGGUUCCCCCGGUCCUUAG